AUGGCCACCAAGUUCUUGGCAUUGGCUUGCAUACGAAACGACAGUGGUUAUGGAGACCUGUCGCCGCGGCCACACUACCCCUCUAUGCCCAAGUAUCCCAAAGGCGUGGCGGCGCAACAAACGAACGUCGAGAAUUCAAGGGCCAAGGCUGUUUUUUCGGUUAUGGGAAUGACUUGCUCCGCCUGCGCUGGAUCCGUCGAGAAAGCUGUUAAAAGACUUCCUGGGAUUCAUGAGGCCGUCGUUGAUGUCUUGAAUAAUCGGGCUCAAGUCUUGUUCUACCCCACCUACGUUAACGAAGAGACAAUUCGUGAGACAAUUGAGGAUGUUGGAUUUGAAGCAACUUUAAUCCAAGAUGAAACAAAUGAAAAAGCUACUCAAGUAUGCCGAAUACGCAUUAAUGGAAUGACUUGCACUUCUUGCUCCUCAACUAUUGAACAAGCUUUGCAAGCAAUUCAUGGUGUACUGAAAGCCCAAGUGGCUUUAGCAACUGAAGAAGCAGAAAUUCAUUAUGAUCCAAAAGUUGUUAGCCAUAAUCAACUUAUGGAGGUCAUUGAAGAUACUGGAUUUGAAGCCAUACUUAUCAGUACAGGAGAAGACAUGAACAAGAUUCAUCUCCAGGUUGAUGGUGUAAGAACUCUUAAUUCCAUGAGAAUGAUUGGAAAUUCUCUUCAAGCUCUCCCUGGAGUUCAAGGCAUCGAUUUGGAUCCGGAACUGCAUAAGAUCUCCCUUUCAUAUAAAUCUGAUAUGACUGGACCUAGAAACUUUAUUAAUGUGAUAGAGUCAACUGGUUCCGGGCGUUUCAAGGCCAAGAUAUUUCCUGAAGGUGGAGGAGGAAGAGAGACUCAUAAACGGGAAGAAAUUAAGCAAUACUACAGAUCAUUUAUGUGGAGUUUGGUUUUCACAAUUCCUGUAUUUUUAACUUCAAUGAUCUUCAUGUAUAUUCCUGGAAUCAAGCAUGGACUGGAUACAAAAAUAGUCAAUAUGCUUAACAUUGGAGAGAUGCUAAGGUGGGUACUAGCUACUCCAGUUCAAUUCAUUAUAGGACGAAGAUUCUAUACUGGUUCCUACAAAGCAUUGCGCCAUGGUUCUGCGAAUAUGGAUGUUUUGAUUGCCCUGGGAACAAAUGCUGCUUAUUUCUAUUCAGUUUACACGGUGUUAAGAGCUGCUACCUCUCCUGAUUUUGAGGGCACAGAUUUCUUUGAGACUAGUUCAAUGCUUAUUUCAUUUAUUCUACUUGGAAAAUUUCUAGAGGUCUUGGCUAAGGGAAAGACAUCUGAGGCCAUUGCGAAGCUUAUGGACUUAGCACCCGAGACAGCAACAUUGUUAACUUUGGAUGAUGAAGGAAAUGUGAUAAAUGAAGAAGAAAUUGAUAGUAGGUUGAUACAAAAGAAUGAUGUCAUCAAAAUUAUUCCUGGUGCAAAAGUAGCUUCAGAUGGCUAUGUUUUGUGGGGACAAAGCCAUGUGAAUGAGAGUAUGAUAACAGGAGAGGCGAGGCCAGUGGCCAAGAGGAAGGGUGAUUUAGUGAUUGGAGGCACGCUGAAUGAGAAUGGAGUCUUACAUAUUAAGGCAACAAGGGUUGGAUCAGAGAGUUCUCUUUCACAAAUUGUUCGACUUGUUGAGUCCGCCCAGAUGGCUAAAGCUCCUGUUCAGAAGUUUGCUGACCGCAUUUCUAAAUACUUUGUGCCUACGGUGAUCAUCCUUUCAUUUUCAACCUGGCUUGCUUGGUUUUUAGCCGGAAAGUUCAAUGGCUACCCAGAAUCCUGGAUACCAUCUUCUAUGGAUAGCUUUCAGCUUGCACUUCAGUUUGGAAUCUCUGUCAUGGUCAUAGCCUGUCCAUGUGCUCUAGGCCUCGCGACUCCAACUGCUGUGAUGGUUGGUACUGGAGUUGGUGCAUCUCAAGGAGUACUAAUUAAGGGGGGCCAAGCACUAGAAAGUGCACAAAAGGUGAACUGCAUCGUCUUUGACAAGACUGGAACACUCACAGUUGGAAAACCCGUUGUUGUUAGCACUAAACUGUUGAAAAGUAUGGUGCUAAGAGAUUUUUAUGAACUUGUGGCUGCAACUGAGGCAAACAGUGAGCACCCAUUGGCCAAGGCUAUUGUUGAGUACGCAAAGAAAUUUAGAGAAGAUGAAGAGAAUCCUAUCUGGCCAGAAGCGCAAGACUUUGUCUCCAUAACUGGCCAUGGAGUGAAAGCCAUUGUUCGGAACAAAGAAAUAAUUGUGGGAAACAAGAGCUUGAUGUUAGACCUUAAAAUUUCCGUUCCACUAGAUGCUGAGGAAAUGCUAACAGAAACUGAAGCAAUGGCACAAACUGGGAUUCUAGUAUCUAUAGACGGGGAAUUGACUGGAGUUCUCGCCAUAUCUGAUCCUCUGAAACCGGGUGCAUACGAAGCCAUUUCCAUUCUCAAGUCUAUGGAUGUUAAAAGCAUCAUGGUAACAGGUGAUAACUGGGGAACUGCCAGAUCCAUUGCUAAUGAAGUCGGCAUUGAAACUGUUAUCGCGGAAGCCAAACCUGAUGAGAAGGCAGAGAAAGUGAAGGAGUUACAGGCUUCAGGAUAUACCGUGGCAAUGGUGGGAGAUGGCAUUAAUGAUUCACCGGCGCUAGUAGCUGCAGAUGUUGGAAUGGCAAUUGGUGCUGGUACGGACAUUGCAAUAGAGGCAGCUGACAUUGUUCUCAUGAAGAGUAACUUGGAGGAUGUCAUAACUGCCAUAGACUUAUCUAGGAAAACCUUUUCACGCAUUCGUUUGAACUACAUUUGGGCAUUGGGUUAUAAUCUUCUUGGUAUACCAAUUGCUGCCGGAGCUCUUUUCCCAUCUAUCAGAUUCCGCUUACCACCAUGGAUUGCCGGAGCAGCAAUGGCAGCUUCUUCAGUCAGUGUAGUUUGUUGCUCUCUCUUAUUGAAGUACUAUAAGAGGCCGAAGAAGCUGAACAACCUUGAGAUACGUGGAAUAAUGAUAGAAUGAUCUAUGACGAUGGUUGUCUUGUCUAUAUAUGUUAAAGGUGUGAAGAUCUCCCAGGAAUAAAUUAAGCCGACGAUAAUCUUGGCUUGCUGGCAGUUUAUGUACAUAUAACUAGUUGUUUGAUGGUCUGUAGAGUUAUGGUUGGUUUUAUUUUAGGAGUUAUGAAGAUCAAAAUUGUGAAAUAG